AGCUGCUGCAGGACCAGCAAUAGCUGCUGAAUUACAAGAAGGGCUUUCCCACAUCCCUCAUAUAUCUUUUCAUUGGAAUACUGGGCAUCGUCUACAGAAUGAAUUUGGGAUUUUCUACGUAUACCCAGUGAGCUAUAUAAAUGUGUGUUUAAAAAAAAUCAUAAUUUUUUAGAGAACCUUUUUUUUUUUUACUUUGUUUUAAUUAAUGUGUCAUUUUAGAAAAUCAGUUUUUAAACGAGGAAGAGACUAAAAUGAGUCAAAGAAGUUGGGCACAAACACUGUGCAAAACAUAAAAAAAAAAAAAAAAAAAAAAAAAAAAAAAAACCCCACAAGUUUUGGCGUCUUACAGGAUUUAAGGAUAAGUCAAAAAUACCCCAAGUGGAACGUUUUGUCUUGUUUUAACAUAGUAUUAAUAAUAUAUCGUAUCUGGGACACAAAGACUGCCGCAUUGAUGUGUGACAUGAUAGAAUCGCAACCCACCCAGAAAAUCAGCAAAAUGAAAAAGUUGAGGAGAACUUUAUCAGAGAGUUUUAGCAGAAUAGCUCUGAAGAAAGAUGAAAACACAAUUGAUGAGAUAUGUGUCAGCAAGAUGUCUACCCGGAACUGCCAUGGAAUGGACUCAGUGGUAAAGCCCCUGGACACGAUUCCUGAAGAUAAGAAAGUUAAAGUGCAGAGGACACAGAGCAGUUUUGACCCAUUUGAAAAAACAGCAAACCAGGUGAAAAGAGUGCAUUCAGAAAACAAUGCAUGCAUUAACUUUAAGAGCACGCCGGUGGGAAAGGAAUCUCCUAAGGUCAGACGACAUUCAAGUCCCAGUUCGCCAACAAGUCCUAAAUUUGGGAAAGCCGAUUCAUAUGAAAAAUUGGAAAAAUUAGGCGAAGGCUCCUAUGCUACAGUUUAUAAAGGCAAAAGCAAAGUGAAUGGAAAGCUAGUGGCAUUGAAGGUGAUAAGACUGCAAGAAGAGGAAGGUACUCCAUUUACUGCCAUCAGGGAAGCUUCACUUCUUAAAGGACUAAAACAUUGUAACAUAGUGCUGCUACAUGAUAUAAUCCACACCAAGGAAACAUUGACGCUUGUGUUUGAGUAUGUGCACACAGAUUUAUGUCAAUAUAUGGACAAACAUCCAGGAGGAUUGCAUCCAGAAAAUGUGAAGUUGUUUCUGUUCCAGCUGCUGCGGGGUUUGUCCUAUAUUCACCAAGGCCAUAUUUUGCACAGAGACCUAAAACCACAAAAUCUUCUCAUCAGCGACACUGGCGAGUUAAAGCUGGCUGAUUUUGGUCUUGCCCGAGCCAAAUCAGUCCCAAGUCACACUUACUCUAAUGAAGUAGUGACAUUAUGGUACCGACCCCCAGAUGUCCUUUUGGGUUCAACAGAAUACUCUACUUGCCUUGAUAUGUGGGGUGUAGGAUGCAUAUUUGUAGAAAUGAUCCAGGGCGUUGCUGCUUUUCCAGGAAUGAAAGACAUACAAGACCAAUUGGAGCGGAUAUUUUUGAUUCUUGGAACGCCCAAUGAAGAUACAUGGCCUGGAGUCAAUUCCUUACCCCAUUUUAAACCAGAACGCUUUCCGCACUACGGGCCUAAGAACCUUCGACAAGCUUGGAAUAAACUUAGCUAUGUGGACCAUGCAGAAGAUUUGGCUUCCAAGCUCCUCCAGUGCUUCCCAAAGAACAGACUGUCAGCGCAGACUGCUCUCAAUCACGAUUAUUUUAGUGACCUUCCCCCACGGCUGUGGGAAUUAAGUGAUAUGUCUUCCAUUUUUUCUGUACCGAAUGUGAAAUUACAUCCUGAAGCUGCAGAGGGCACAAGGGUAUUUGGGAAAACCAAUAGUUUCUGCAAAGGUCUAUCUAAUAGCAAGCACUGAUAUUGGCUGGAGAUUAAGUAUAAAUACAGGAUAGAACUUCAAUCAAAUUGAAAGUAAACCUUUGAAUGGAUCACUUGCCUUAUGGAAUAGGAGUUUUGGUUUCAAUGAACAACAUUCUACCGCAGAAUAAAUCUGGCAAGACACAAUUUCACCUUAUAACUUACUUCAAGCCUUGCACGUCAUUUGCUACCUUGUGAUUUUUAUGAAAAAUAAACUGUAAAUUCUACAUG